AUGGUCGACGCCCUAGACAAGCGCAUGCUGAUCUGGCUGCGUGACGGCACGCAGUGCGUGGGCGUGAUGCGCUGCUUCGACCAGUAUGGCAACGUUGUCCUGGAGGAGUCCGUCCGGCGGCGGGUGGUGGGCCGGCACUACUGCGACGAGGCGUCCGGGCUGCAGGUGAUCCGGGGGGAGAACGUGGUGCUGAUGGGCGAGCUGGACCCCGGGCGGGUGGAGGUGCCGCCGGAGAUGACGCGCGUCAGCGAGCAGGAGCUCAAGGAGCUGCGGCUGGCGGAGAAGGAGGCGGUGCGGCAGAAGGCCACGAUGCGGGCGAGGUUCGACUUUCUGGAUCUGGACUGA